CAACCACUGACUAUCCACAAAGGUCGAAACGCCCACCAUUAUUUGGUGUUUUCCUUUCAUACACUCUUUACAUGGCAGGCCAUUUUGUGCGUUGAUCUCCGCGAGUAGUGACUAUGGCGACGACAGACAUCUCAGUCGCUCCUCUCCACGAGGAGCCGGACACAUUAGAGCACCCUAAUGAGCGCCAGACUCUGCUCAAGUCCUUCUCAGACAAAGCAGCGGUAUACCAUGACAGAGUCCCAUAUCUGCGGAAGCUCCCGUUCAAUGCAUUAGCCAUAAUCCUGUUCAUCGCAUUUGUGAAUGCGGUUGUCUGGGUUGCCGUCGGGAUUGUUCUUCACUUCAAUGCCGGCCUCGCAUCCACCGCCGUCCUGGCCUACACCCUAGGCCUCCGCCACGCCCUCGACGCAGACCACAUCUCCGCCAUCGACCUCAUGACACGUCGGCUCAUCGCCUCGGGCCAGCGCCCCGUCACCGUCGGCAUGUUCUUCUCGCUCGGCCACUCGACCAUCGUGAUCGUCACCUCCAUCGUCGUCGCCGCCACCGCCGCCGCCAUCUCCUCCCGCUUCGACAACUUCACCCGCGUCGGCAACAUCAUCGGCACCAGCGUCUCCGCCGCCUUCCUCCUCCUCCUCGGCGCCAUGAACGUCUGGAUCCUCGUCCGUCUCCGCAGGCGCCUGAUCGCUCUCAUCUACCCCUCCUCCACCACCACCUCCUCCUCCACCACCUCCCCAAACAACCCCGACGCCAAACCCCUCACCGCAGGCCUCCUCUUCACCCUCUUCCACCGCCUCUUCAAACUCAUCGACCAGCCCUGGAAAAUGUACCCGCUAGGCAUCCUCUUCGGCCUCGGCUUCGACACCUCCUCCGAAGUGGCCCUGCUCGGCAUCUCCUCCAUCCAAGCCGCCGCCGGCACCUCCAUCUGGCUCAUCCUGAUCUUCCCCCUCCUCUUCACCGCAGGCAUGUGUCUGCUCGACACCGCCGACGGCGCCGCAAUGAUGAGCGUGUACACGAGCAGCGCGCUCGCCCGCGACGCAAUUGCGGUGCUGUACUACAGCAUUGUCCUCACGCUUGUGACUGUUGUUGUGGCGCUCGUGAUUGGCGUGAUUCAGGUGUUGAGUUUGGUGGCGAAUGUGGCGGAGCCCGAGGGUGGGUUUUGGGAUGGUGUGGCGGUGGCGGGCGAGUAUUAUGAUGUUAUUGGCGGCGCCAUAUGCGGCUCCUUCAUCGUCUUCGGCGUGCUCAGCGUGCUCCUCUACAAGCCCUGGCGCCGCCACAUCGACCGCAAGAUGCUGCUCCAUCAGCGGCGUCUAGAUGCGAGCAGAGAUGACGACAACCCCAACAACAACAACGACGACGACGACGCCGUAAACGAGGCGCCCGGCCAAGCUGCUGACUCGAAGACCAAGUCCCGCGUUCAUGUCACGCAGGACGAGGAUGGGGAGGGUGCGGGUGUUGGGGGGAGUGUGAGGGGGGUUGUUUGA